AUGGAUACGUCCAGAGAAUACAUCGCCAUCGGUUUAGAAGGCUCAGCUAAUAAAUUAGGCGCAGGGAUAGUCAGGCACAACAAAGAUGGCUCUGUCGACGUUCUCUCCAAUCCCCGCCACACAUACAUCACUCCCCCAGGCUCUGGCUUCCUCCCUGCAGACACUGCUCGACAUCACAAAGCGUGGCUCGUGAAGAUUAUCCAGAAAUCCCUCUUCGACGCUGAGCUCUCACUUGAAGACGUCGACUGCAUUUGUUUCACUAAAGGUCCGGGUAUGGGUGCUCCCCUCACUGCCGUCGCUAUGGUAGCCAGGACGCUCAGUCUGCUCUACAGCAAACCACUCGUCGGCGUGAACCACUGCGUUGGUCAUAUAGAGAUGGGCAGACUCAUCACAGGUGCGCAGAACCCUAUUGUGCUCUAUGUGUCUGGCGGCAAUACUCAAGUCAUCGCCUACUCCCAACAGCGUUACAGAAUAUUCGGUGAAACACUCGAUAUCGCAGUCGGUAACUGCCUCGAUAGAUUUGCGAGGGUUAUCGGGUUGCCUAACGAUCCUAGCCCCGGUUUCAACAUCGAGCAAGCUGCUAAAAAAGGUAAUAAACUGCUUAAACUCCCUUACACCACUAAAGGUAUGGAUAUAUCCCUAUCUGGCCUCCUCACUGCCACAUCCACCUACACCACCAAACCGCAAUUCAAAUCAGCUGCAGAGACUCAAGAUGACUUUACAAAAGAAGAUCUCUGCUUCACUCUUCAAGAAGUGGCAUUCGCUAUGUUGGUUGAGACUACAGAGAGAGCUAUGGCACAUGUAGGGUCGAAGGAAGUGCUUAUUGUUGGUGGUGUCGGCUGCAAUAAGCGUUUACAAGAGAUGAUGGCAAUAAUGGCUGAGGAAAGAGGUGGGAAAGUGUUUGCGACGGAUAUGAGAUUCUGCAUCGACAAUGGUCUUAUGAUAGCCCAAGCUGGUCUUUUACAGCAUAGAAUGGGUCAGGUGACACCACUUGAGCAAUCCAACUGCAAGCAGCGGUUCAGGACAGACGAGGUAUUGGUGUCGUGGAGGAGUGACUGA